AUGGAUCGUAACAAAUCAAGCGCCGUCAAUAGGGGUCAGAAAAAGGCACUAUUAGGUGCCGAAUUAUUUGCACUUGGUACCAAAACUGGUCGCGAUGAUCCCAAGAAAAUACUACCAAUCAAGGGAAUAGCAAGCACCAGCUCGAGCUCCGUUGACAGAAAGCGAGAUGCUUCUUCGAGCCUCGCCAAUCAUCCCAGCAAAAGAUUUCGUGCUGGCCUCAAAGAUGGAGCCACUGAAAUGCCCAGCACAAGCGGAACUGUGCAACACGAGAUCUGGGAACAAUUGGCCGAAGAGUGCGAUCUCUCCAAUGUCAUUGAAUGCAUUUACUCGGCCAUCGAACAGAGCGACAAUGAGGCAGUUAUGCGAAUUAUUUGCGGUGUCAUUCGGCAUGCAACAUCCACGUCGGUUGCCUCCCGAGCCAAGGUGGACAGUGUGGCAUAUUUAACACUGUUGUUCGUGGCAAAAGUCCAGCCAAAUUUCUUCAACAAUGAUGUUGUUGCCUAUGCCCUCUUAUCAUUUUUGCGCAGGGAGACGAAUAUGAAAAUGCGGUAUAACAUUAAUCUGCAUAUUCUUUUCACAAAUCUGCUGGCUCGGGGAUUUGCGGAUAUUGCCCAAUGGCCGGAAGUAUUGCUCAGAACAUAUAUUGAGGAUGCAGUCAAUGAACGCUUCUGGGCUGAUAAUGAUUACUGUGCACCGUUCGUUAAGAAUAUCUGUGCCGCCUUCAAGACGAGAACUCCGCAUUUGAGUCUGCUGCGUUGGGAUGUGAACACAGCGGUGACUCCUGGACAAACGCAUCGGGAGAAUUUUACAGUCGAUGAUGAUUCCGGGGACAAUUCCACGCAAAGCCUGGAUGCAAGUCCCUUCUUGAACUGGGAGCUGGAUCAAGCGACGGAUGCAAUCUGUGCUGUCAAGCGAAGAUUUCCCGAUAAUAUGGUUCAUAAAUUAGUUAGCGAAGCUAUUCGCGAUCAACUAAAUAAACGCCAACAACAGGAUAACUAUACGAGAAACUUUCUCAAAUUCCUGUGUAGCAGCGCAGGAAUUGGUGAGGUCCGCUGUUUGAGCAUCUCUCGUCUGGAGCUAUGGAUACAUAAUGGCAAGCUUGUUAAAUUCGCCCAGCAACUGUUGUCGUAUAUAUGUUUUAAUAUAAAGGGCAAAAACACACAGGACAACGAAGUCCUCCAAGUGUUGGUCAAAAUGCGUUUGAAGACCAAACCCCUGAUCAAUCACUAUAUGUCGUGUCUCAAGGAAAUGAUACAUCUGCAGCCCGACAUAUUGGGCACAAUUAUGAAGCUAGUUGUACAAAAUGAGUUGUCGAACACAAGGAAUCCAAAUAACAUGGGAAUGCUUGCGACUAUGUUUCAGACUUCACCGGAUCAAUCGGCAGUUAAUCUAGCUGAAAUAUAUCAGGAGUUUCUGCUACAGCGCGAUGAUUGUCUGAGGACAUUGCGUGUCUUUUUGAGAGAACUGGUGCGAAUGUUGCGCUUUGAUGUCAAUCUCUUAAAGUUUUGUAAGACUUUCUUAAGUGAACGGGAGGAGCUGAAUCCACAAAUUGAACAAUUUGAUUUCAAGGAGCGUAUUUUCCAUUCAAUGGUCGACAUUGUGUGUCUCUGCAUGUUUCUGUCGGCAACGCCACAAGCGCGCGAGGGAAGUUUAUCCCUGAAGACCAAUCGUGAUGUGAAAAACAAUCAAGCUCUGAUACGGCUCUAUAAUCAGAUGUCACAAAUACAAUUGGACUCUGUUUCGUGGAUGUAUGAAACAGUUCCAAAUCUAUUCAAAAUACAAGGCAUCGAAUAUCAUCAGGCUUUGCAUAAGCUUCUAUUGCUCGAUAAUCCGGAACAGUAUUCCCGCUGUGAUCAGUGGCCAUCGGAGCCGGAAAGGGGAGCUAUAUUAAGAAUAAUAUCCGAAACUCCCAUACACGAAGAGACCCUCUUGAGGAUUAUACUGAUUGGCAUCACAAAGGAUAUUCCGUUCUCAAUUGCCAACACAUUCGACAUCCUAUUGCUGGUCAUCAAAAGGGUGUCGGGCAUGAAAGCAACCGAUUAUCCGGCAGUUCAAGCGAAUAAAUUUGAUAUAAUUGACUUUCUGUUUAGCAUGUCGGAAUAUCAUCAUCCGGAGAAUAUUCGCCUGCCAGCCGACUAUGAACCGCCGAAAUUGGCAAUAAUUGCAUUCUAUUGGAAGGCAUGGCUAAUAUUACUGAUGAUAUCUGCACAUAAUCCCUCAACGUUUGGGGCCUUCUGCUGGGAUCAUUAUCCCACAAUGAAAAUGCUAAUGGAAAUCUGCAUAACAAGUCAAUUCAACAACUGCAUAUCACUCAAAGAUGAGCUACAGAUAAUCACCGUUGAGCGCGAUCAUAUUCUGCAAUUUGAAACGUAUUUGGCUGCACAGACUUCACCGCACGCUGUGAUCACUGAGGAGAAUGCCAUUUUGAUUACCCAGCUGAUGCUAAUGGACCCAAUGGGAAACCCAAGAAAAGUACCCAAUUUAGUUUUAGAGCAACUCAAGUUCCUCAAUCAAACAUACAAGUUGGGACAUUUGUUUUGUCGCUGUCGCAAACCCGACUUACUCCUGGAUAUAAUCCAAAGGCAGGGCACAACGCAGUCGAUGCCUUGGCUAUCGGACUUGGUUCAAAAUAGCGAGGGCGAUUUCAGUCACCUGCCCGUGCAGUGCUUGUGUGAAUUUCUGCUAUUUAAUGCGAACAGCAUAAAUGAGGAGAAUAGUCGCGAUGCGGAGCUAGUGAAUUUCAUUCGAAAUCUGAUAACGGACGCUAGCUAUAAUUAUAAUGUUGUUUGCGAAGUCUUGGACUAUAUCUUCCGUCGUUUAUCGUCCACUGUCAGUCAGUCGAGAGUUGCCGCCUUGUCGGGCCUGAAGAUCAUUUUCAAAAACGUUGGCAAAUACGAACACGAAUGGCUACUGAAAUCGAUUCAACAAAUUCCCCAUUUCAUGGAGGCCAAAAUGUAUAUAAUCCCUCAGCUGCGCGCUGCCUGCCAAGUCGAGAAUUGUCCGCAACUCAUCAUGGCCUAUAUACAAUUCAUUACUGCGCAUACUCUCAACGAUCCAGUUAAUGAAAUGCUGGAUCAUGUCAUCGAUAUGGCUCAAUUGAUCGUUGAGCGCAGCACAAUGUUUCAGCAUAUUAUCAUUUCGCAGGAGGACUACGAUCUGAAUCCCGACGAGAAUCGCAUUCAGACAUUGAAAUGUCUAUUUGUGAUGUUCAACAAUUACAUUAUCAAGUUGCGCGAAUUUCACGAGCCAUACGAAUGGACGGAAUAUCCAGAUCUAUUGAUGGUACAAUUCGAUGAUGGAGUCCAACUGCCAUUGCAUAUAAAUAUAAUUCAUGCGUUUAUCAUACUGCUCACAUAUUCAAACGCAAAGAUGUCGGAAUCGAUACCGAUCCUCGAUUACUGGUUUCCACCGGGACGACCGGCACCCGUCGCAUUUCUGCCCACAAUGCCCCAGGAACAGAUUCAACUGUUGCCCGACUGGCUGAAACUCAAAAUGAUUCGUUCCUCGGUGGAUCGGCUAAUCGAAGCGGCCCUCAAUGAUUUAACUCCCGAUCAAAUUGUGCUAUUUGUGCAGAAUUUUGGGACGCCCGUAAACUCAAUGUCCAAAUUACUGGCCAUGCUGGAUACGGCCGUAUUGGAACAAUUUGAUCUAGUUAAAAAUGCUAUACUCAAUAAAGCAUAUUUGGCACAAUUGAUUGAGAUCCAACAGGCACGAGGAGCUAAAAAUGGACACUAUACAGUUCAAGCACUGGAUCUCCACUCCCAUUCACAAACCGUACCCGAUCUACCAAAGAUUAAUACACAAAUCCAAGAGAAUCUGCAUAUCGUGCUCUAUGAUCCCGAGUCCGUGCCCAAUGCGACUAAUAAAAGUCCUUCGAAGGAAACAAUAUCCAUGCUGCUUAAAACGCCAAAUCCAGAUGUAAACACCUCCAAUGAAUAUCGCAAAUUAAUUCACAAUCUGUUGGAUCUUGUCGUCAAACCAGGCAAAAGAGGCACCGAUUUCGUUGCAUCCAUAUGCGAAGUUGUGGCUCAUUCCUCGUUCGAGUAUGCACAUGAGAAAAAAUAUGGUAAUAAUGGCAUUUGUGUAAAUCGGGCCGCAGCAACUUUACUGCGUGCGUUUUUCAGUGUUAAAUUGCCGAAUGAAUCGUACCACAGCAUCGAGAAAACGCUGAAAAAAAAUGUUCGACUUUCAAAGCAAUUGCAUUCAGCUUUAAAGAGUGAUUUUAAAACCGAACUGUUUCUGGCCAGCUUAUUGUUUAUGGUGAAGGGCUCCAAUCAGCUACACUUUCAGAAACUAAAAGUUCAAAAUGCUACGCUUGAAACAAGGAAAGUUGUUCGAGAAAUGAUCCAAGGUUUCGAUAAGGAAGCAACAACAACAACAAUCGCAACAACAACGGCAACGCCACUUGAACAAAAUAAUUAUUCAAAAAUUUUCCAUAAUGGUUUAUUUAUUGAUUGGCUUGCGGAGGCCGAUCCUGAAAUAGUGCACACAAAACUUUUAAAGGAAAGCUUUCUAUUUUCGAAAUCGUGCAGUGAAUUUCGAUUUUAUCUGUUGUCGCUGAUAAAUCAUCAAACCAAUUGGAAUACAAUCGAGGGAAUUGCGGAAUGUUUAUUCAAGGAAUAUAAACAUGAUUACGACUACAGUACGGUGCUCAACUAUUUUGAGGCACUAACAACAAAUCCAAAUCUGUGGAAGGGUCGCGAUAAAUAUAUGUCCAAAAAUGUGCAACCAUAUUCGUUCAAAUGGAGCCCACUGAAUGGAGCCAUUAUGCACUCGUCCUGUCCGAGGAAUGGAGAGCUGAAAUCUGAUAAUAUGCAGCUAUGAUUUCAGCUAUGCUUCCGCAUGAAUCUAUUGUUCAAACUGACCGAAAAGCGAAAGGGCUUAAUGGUCAAAGUUGUGGAGUAUGUGGAGAAGAGUACGAUUGCCGAUAGCUUAAAGGAUCAGGUGUUGCAACAGCUGUAUAUUAUGUAUCCACGAAUUAAAUUCCUCAAGUAUUGUAAACUAAAUGGUCAAACGUGUAAGCUACAAAGUCUUAAAGGCUGCCAGGCUGAUAAAAUAUCGAACAAUUUAAUCACCUGCCUGGGUAGUCUUGUGGCCAAAAAGGAUUUCGAAACACUGUCAGCGGACACGGAACUCCUCUUGCGCAAGCUGGCUGCAUCGCAUCCCUUGCUCUUCUUGCGCCACUUGGGCGUCUUAUCAUCUGCGAUGCAGGGACGAGCCCAGAACAGUAUGAAAGCCUUGCGAGAGGAUCAUCAUUUCCACCGUUUCGUACAAAUCCUGAGAACUUUGGAACUAUUGCAGCCCACGAUCUUUGAUGAUGCCUAUAAGAAUGAGAUUCAAUCGACUCUAUCGUGCUACUUCACCUUCUUCAAGCACCACAGUUCGGUUAAGGAGGCCUGUCAGAUGCUCGUCAAGUUUGUUCAGGUCCUGCAAUCCUAUAUCAAUUGUAAUCCCUCGAGCGCAUUGUUAUUCAUCGAGCAAUAUGUCGGCAUAUUGACGGAACUGGCUGUUAAAUACACCUCAAUUGGCAAGCUACAAGCCUUGGUUCAAGCUGUUGCCUUGCUGCAGCACAAAUCGAAUACUUUGUCGGAGCUCGAUGAUGAAGAAGUCAAAUUGGAAUAUGAACUCGAUGGCCAUUCGUCGGAUACAAAGCCGGCCACCAAUAAAGCUGUCGUUAGCGAUAUAGAGCCCUUGGAUGGGAAUCUAAAUGUACAAGAUGUCGUUGGCCGGGGAUCGUUUUCGGUUUUAAAUUUGGGUACGGCGGGCAAGGCAAAUUUAACAGAUGUCUCUCCACAUUUUCUAGACUUGAUCAAGAUCAUUAAGCAGUCGAAUAUUGAGGAUGUGAUUUUGGGGCCGCUGCAGGAAAUGGAAUGUUUAACAUCCAAGCGAUUUGUAUUUAUCAAUGAGUUAUUUGAGCGACUCUUGGAUUUGAUAUUCUCGCCCAGCGCACAGAUCAGAUCCAUUGCCUUUAUCAUAUUAAUACGACACCUAAAGCACAAUCCGGGCAAUUCGGAUAUUAAUCAGUGUACUCUAAACGCAUAUAUUCAAUGCCUGAGAGAUGAGAACUCGUCUGUGGCAGCAACGGCCAUUGAUAAUCUGCUUGAGAUGUGCAUUUUGUUGCAGGAGCACGCUGUUGAAAUCUUAUGUGUUGCCUUUUCGCUUGGCAUCAGGUCUUGCCUCAAUACAAAUAAUCAAAUUCGCAAAGUAAUGCAAACAUUGGUCGUUCAGCAUGGUUAUUAACUUUUUGCUUCCAGUUGAAAUUGAUACAUACUAUUACUUACUUAAGCAUACAUAUUAUUAAACAAUUCAACAAUAAUUAUUUAAGAAUAC